UGUUCUCGCAUUCCUUUCAGAGCCCGGCAUCAAACACAACUGGAAAAACUGCAAACCCUAGGUCGAGAUACCCAGAAAGAAAAACCACCCGUUAUUAAAUGCAUAAAUUUCAUCCGGACUAUCGAACUCGGUGCGGUCAAAUACCACCCUUACCCCCGGUGUGCACCUGUUUCUACCGGAGUGAUAACAGCGCCAAGAGGCUCGGAAAGCCAACGCAAUUUAAUAGUGCAAUGCAGUGUACCCUCGGAUUACCCACACAGUUCAGUAGAGUUCAGUAAAUCAGAGUCCGAAAAGUGAUCCCCUGGGAGUAACGAAAGGAACGAAGAUAGCCAGUGUCCAUGUGUUUGUGAUUUGUGUGUUCGUGUGUGUGGUUUCUAUGUUUGCUAUCCAAAUCAAAUCAAUAUUGGCGAUGUGCUCCAAACCUAACCCGAGCAGCAGGAGUAGCAACAGCAAUGUCCUGAUAGUUGGUGCUCUGUUUUUAAUAAUUGUAGAAAUAAAUCAAACAGAUUGCAAUUUCAUACUUCCUCAUGUGGGAACCGGUGGGAGCAGCGCUGCCGCUGCAUCACCGUCAGCCUCGGCAGGACUGGUCACUAUCAACACCCAGCUGCUCACCAGUGAUAAUGUCGGUAGCAGCAGCAGCAGCAAUGAAAGGGUCCUUCUCACCAACGAGGAAACAACCAACGGGUAUACGACGUCUUCGGGCGGGACGAGCACUGCCAGCAGCAGCUUGCCGGCCGGGAACGUAGCUUCCCCGGUCAAUGCCAGCACCCCGAACGGGUUCGAGGGACAGAUACCGUUGGAACGAUUGCCAUCCAAUACAUUGCUCAAGUAUACUGCCUACAAGGACGUUUCGAUUCUACAUUUCCGCAUACCGACCGAUACCCGUACUGCCUUCUUUAGUUUUAAGGCAUACGAGGAAUCUAAAAGUGCCUUCCAACGUGUGUGUCAACCGAACGACAUUACGUUGCACCUGAAAGCUGGCAGCUAUCCAGUGAUUAGUCCGGAGAAUAUUACCUUCCCGAAGCAUUUCCUCCGCGUCGAUGAGAGAUUCGAGAUACACAAUUUACAAUUUAAAUCCGACAGCAUAACACGCCGCCUGAGCAUAGAUGGGCCACAUCCGGGCAAUUGGUUCGCCGUGGCCUUCAUCAGCUGGACCGACCCGAACAAUGAACGGAUCGAGCAGCAAGGUUUGGCCCCAUCCUGCGAGACACUGCUGAUGUCAGAAAUGGCCGUGGCAAGCAUCACGCCAACCAUUCUGAACGCUCAAAACUCUCACCGCGACACACUCGGUACCAACCAGACCGAACCGAGAAGCUACAAGUUCUUCGUCCCCGGUGAUAUAACAGUCGUCACCUGGCGCUUGCAGAUUACCAAAGCUUGUAACGAUUGCAACGAUGUCAGCUUUUUCGUCCAGGCACAUUCACCGCCAACGCACAAGGACUACCUGGAAAAUGCGAUCUUCUGUCCCAAUCAAACGGGAACUGUCAGUAUCGAUUUUUAUCCACAGGAAAGUACCUGGCACUAUGUCGAUUUAGAUUUCCUAACUGGCGACGAGGGGCAUUCGAAUCGGUCCUCGGUCAAUGGCAGUAGUCGCAACGAUGCAAAUUUGAUGGAAUUGGAAUACGUGAUAGAAAUGGAUUUCAACUUGGUCGAGGAUGAAGAGCGUUCCAACAUGCCAACAACGGAACCGAUCAAGUCGACCAUCGAGAAAACUAAUCUGCGUCGAUCGUUCGAUCAGUACCCGCUGCUUCGUCAAACGUACCGCGAAUUCUUCAUGUUCGAUUACGAUCUGCUACCGGAUAUCAACGGAACCGUCCCGCUGACGUUGAAUCUCAGCGCGGACACUCCGGCGUUGAUGAAAUUCGACGUCAACGAUGUCUACGACAUCGGAGGAACGCUAAGCUUUGCGGUUGCCAUGCGUCAGGAUAUGAAGAGCGCACUGAUCGAUGCUCAUCAGGCCAAUAGCAAUGACCACGUCGGGGUGGUUGCCGAGAAGCUGAUCGAUGUGCAGGAGGAUUUUGUAGAGGAAACCACUACCACCACAACGACGACGAGUACAACCGCAACGCCGGCUUUGGGUGCUGGCAAAGAGUCUGCCAAUCGGACCAAUCAAACGGUGAUCGUUUGUAUGCGCCUGGGAGAGCCUGGAGUGCCGACCUGGCCAGACAAGUGCACCUACGCGAGGCAUACCUUUCCGGCGGCCGUUAUUAUCAACAAUACCGACUCGGAUGCCAGCACCGGUUUGGUUCACAUUCCGUUUCCGGAACCGGGCAGAUGGUUCGUGACGAUGGGAUUAUUCUGUCAAAGCGCUGAAACGGCAGCUAGGGUGACCAUCAUCGAUAGUGUGAAGGAGUUUAUUAGGAAAUAUCGGGACGUUCUGCUGGAUAUGAGGCAACCGUGCUCUUGCGCGGAGUCGUCCAAGUUCUACCAGAAAUGUUUAGAAGAGGAUGCGUGUUUGGUUAGUCUGAAUGAGACGGAAACGCUCAAGAUCAAGGAGUGCAUCAUGGACGCUAAGUGUACAGAACAUUCGGAUGAAAUGGCGAGAAAGUUUGAGGUUCAUCACAAGUUUGCUACGGAGCAAAGUGUGGCCGGCGAUGGUGCUUGUAAUGGUAGUGUAGUGUUCACGAUAUCAUCCAGUCCUUGUGUAGCGGGUAGAUGUGGCCGUUUUGGUCGCUGCUAUCACUACAUGUCGGGAGGAUUCGUUUUCUCGACGUGCUUGUGUUUGCGGAAUUAUCGCGGCUGGGAUUGUACAGAAGAUUCGCAGGUUCCAUCCAGCGCAUCGAUUCUGCUUGCUUCACUGAUGCUGACCUUGUCUAAUCUACUGUUUCUACCGAGCAUUUUCUUUGCGAUUAAACGUGGAUACUACACUGAAUCUAUUAUUUACUUCUUUGCGAUGUUCUUUUCGACGUUUUACCAUGCCUGUGACUCGGGUGAGGAAGAGUUCAGUUUCUGUCUGGUGAAGAUCGGUGUCCUGCAGUUCUGUGAUUUUUACUGUGGUCUACUAGCCAUCUGGGUUACGCUGAUAGCAAUGUCCAACGUGAGAACUCAGUUCGUCUCACUGUUGCACAUGCUGGGUGCAAUUCUGUUGGCCUUUGGUACUGAACUGAACAAGCAGUCCUUGUGGGUGUUCCUAGCUCCGGCUCUGACGGGAGUCUGUCUGAUCUCCGUUAGUUGGGGCCUGCGUUGCCGUAAGACGAAAAAGUGUUUCCCGUCCCGAGGGUACCUAGCCUUCUUCCUACCCGUGGGCAGUGUCCUCGUCAUGAUCGGUCUCAUUUGCUAUGCAUUUCUGCAAACCAAACAAAACUACCAUAUUGUCCAUUCGAUCUGGCACAUGGUAAUGGCACUGAGUAUCCUUUGCUUGCUCCCGAAUCGGAAUACGUUUCAACCAAAAUGCUAGCAUACGGUUAUGAUCUACCUGCUGAACUCCUCCUCGCAAUCGUCCAACUCGAUGUCAACGGCGACGACGUCGGGAACGACGGCCGCGGCAGCACCGGCUACGACACCGAGUGAGGACAUCUGCGUCAGUGCAGAACCUCGCCGGGGAGAUAUAUUUUGUAUAACUACGGCGGUGCAGACAACUACUGCUACUACUACUACUAAUAAUGAUAAUACUACUACUGCGACUACUAAUACCACAAAUCACACCUCGCAUCAACGGAGAGGAUCCGUCGCGACGUCCGUUACGGAAAUCACUCCGUCGGUGUCGCUUGUAAAUAAUCUAACCGAGACGACGCAAAUCAGUGCCAGCAACAGUAUGAUACUGUCGUCCACGUAUUCGUCGCUGGCGUCCGCUGCGACAACGGCGAACGAUGUUGGUCGAUAGGCUUUCUUCGGGUAUGUAACGGUCCGACAAGAAUAGCUCCAUGGAGGGGAAGGGGCGUAGGUUCCUAACAUUAACUAAGAAGUUUUAAAAGUGAAACAACUAGUAAUUCGUUUAACUGUAUUUUAUUGCACAACAAAUUGACUAGGGAGAACAAGUGUAAACUCGAGCAAUAGAGUGUGGGAACGUCGAUGAAGGGCUUCGUUCUACGUAGGGUGUUGCUAUGGCUUAUGGCGAUUUCGCUUGAACCCGAAACUGAGUCAGGUUCUAACCCCAACCGCUGUCAGUUCAUACAUUUUGACAGCAGUUGGGGUUAGAAACUGACUCAGUUUCGCUUCAAACAAAAACCACAUUAGAAAUCGUCUUCGGUUAAUACUGUUUAUGGCUGUUUAUUGCUGGCCUCUCUGGGUAAGGAGUUUUCUAACGUUUUAAUAAUCCGAACAGGGCGCAGUAUCAAAACUACUAGAACCUGAACUAUACGUUUGUACUAACCAGAGCCUACUACGUUACGCAAGGCCAUUACAAACAUUUUUUGAGCGAUGUUAACCUAUCGGUACAAAUACAAGAAACAUGACUACACAGCCGGCUAGUUUGUGUCGGUAACUCGUUUCUCCACUAUCUCUGGAGCUCAGACAGAAUUGGUAUAUCUGAUCUACUCUCGACAAAGCAAAAAAAAACGAAUCUUGGACUGACACAUACUCCGUUGUUUCCUCGUUAUCUGCACAUACUGGGCAGAAGGUCUCUGACCAUGACUAGCCAGGAACUGCGUCAGUAGAAGGUUAUUUCUCCAUACUUCCUGUUUACCUAGAUCUAGAAAACCGGUACGAAUCUGUGUGUUCAUGUGCCAUUAUCCGACGGCCUUCCGUUUAUACCGCUCGCUAUCCUCCGCUAGAAUAUCAGGAUCAUUCCAGAGAUAACACGAACUGCCUUUGAUGAAAUGGUUCUGCGCGUACUCACGACUCGCUUCUCCUAGAGCCCAAAUGUGCUGCUCGGCUUCACUCGAUUCCGCUGUAUCUCCAGCGCUGCAACCCAAACAGCCACCACCAAAUCUCAGCAUAGGGGAUGAUUUUCUCCGCAGAAGGCGCGUCUGCUUGUCGUCCUUCGGUAUGAUUGUAGCCAAAGGAUUGAUGGCGACAUGGGCGUCGAAGUUCAGUUGAUCGUCGAUCAUCACAACCCACGUCGAGACUAUGACGUAGUCCCUGACAGCACUUUACAGUAAAGACUACGUGGUCUAUCUGUAGCUUCGCUCUAUGCAUCCAUUUUACAUCCAUGUCAAUCGCCUUCAUCGCCAAUAUUUCCACCUAUUCCACCAUGUGGGACUCCUGCCACAAUACCAACCAAUUUCUGUCCCCUGUUCGUCUUGUAUAUUCGACUCCGAUUCUGGAUACAACACCCCAACAUUCUACCCGGGUCACUAGGGAUCCUCAUUCCAUGCAAUGAUUCAGCAAUGGCUUGUCAACACGCGCUGGUGAUCGCGAUCUAGACCUCUAUCUUAAACACUACACAAUUUACCACGAUAUUGAGUUAUCGACUUCCUUGAUCACUCACCAAAUGGUGUCUACCGUAGAAUUUCGCUUCCGCAAUCCGAACUGAUUCUUCAAAAGACCGUGAUCACUCUCCAUGCACAGGUCUACCAGAUAGUUUUGGCAGUAUCAGUAACCAGGUAGUCACUCAUCUAGCUGAUUCUGGAGCACGUUUCAAAAUAUGUACGGGAAGCGAUGUUAAGGAUGUCAUCCAGUCCGGACGCCUUUUUCCUCGCUGGAUACUUUUGUUACUGCUAUGAUAAUUCGUGCUACUUCGUCGGUACGGUACAGUCGACGAUAUCAUUGGAUCGUGUUCCGGGAAGAGCCCUUGCACGAUAACCUUCAGUUUAUCGGGGCUCAUUCCCAAGGUCGUCACCGGUCCUCUGAUCUCCGUCACCGAAACACGAUAUGAUUGUGUUGGUGCGUCUCUUAUCCCGCUCCACUGCCCAAGCAAUGAAAUCUCUCCUAAAGGCUACCGGUCUUUGUCCGAUCAGCUCUCCGGUAAGCCCAUUUAGCAUUCGAGGAAAGUGAUCUAACGUUCAACUAGGGGGUGCCGAUUUGUUAUCGGUAGGUACUCAACACGGCUCCGCAAAGAUCGUAACGUUGUCUCUAAUUUCUGUUGUCGACUGUCGCCAGUUUGAGGUUUAGUAGUCGUGUCGCCUCCAUCAUUUUUAGCUCUCCAUUACAUGUUUGUAUGCUGUGCAUAUGACACCUUUCGUCAUAUGGUCUUUCUUGACGUUCUUUGUGCAGAUCUUACACAUUGGUUGCUUCUCAUGUCUGUUACAAUGUGUCCCUUGUCCAUGAAUUUUUUACGCAGAUCCGAUCUGUUCAAAUCUCUGCUCGUUCUCAUCUGAUGACCGGAGCCAACUCUCCAACAGCUUGGUAACUCAAAAAACAAUCGUCAAUGAACGCACCGACCACCAGAAGUUGAUUCGACCUGUUUCCAACAGUUUUAUAGUUAUAGUCGAAGAAAGCUGUAUCGACUCCAUCUUCAUCCGGAUCACUAUUGGCGCAUCUCAUAAAACACUUUUCACCUCGGCUUCUGAAGUGAUCUUGUCCAGGUUCCGGAACUCCACCGUAUCAUGUUACGUAUGAUAGAGCCCUUACUUCCAUUUGCUUUCUCGCCUAACGACUUUUCGAUGAUCAUCUUAACGGUUAAGCUCUUGAUCGUAAGGUCCUUCUCCAAUUCGAACCACAUUCUCCUCCAACAGUUUUAACUCCGGUUCGCUUCUCACUUUGCGAAGGAGCUCAGCGUAUGCCAUUUGGUCAUUCACACCGAUGAUCAAUGCAUUACUCUUAAUUUUUUCGCUAUGAGGCUUGGGUAUCUGCUUUUUAUUCUUCUGCAUGUUCGGUUUCGCUUUGUGUUUUACGGCAUUGCGAUACCCAACAAUCAAUUUAGCUGGACAAUGGCUUGAACAGUUCUUGUUCAGCUUAUUCUCUCGGAUCAAAGGCUUGUUCAGCUUUGUUUGGUAACCACUUGCUUGCCUCAGAUUCUUGAUCGUUUUUUAAGGUUUUCUUUUUUUCCACAUGCUCAGAGGUCUCGCCGGCGGUAAAACAUGAUGAUGAGUUAUGUUCUAUCAAUGACCAUGCGGUAGACUUGGGUGCAACGCCCAAUUCCUACUUAGCAGAAGGCAAAGGAUUCUUCACAUUUUCCUUUCGACCAUGUCCAUAUGAGCCUGCCUAGUCCUAGUUUUCCGUUCUAAGUUUAUAACUGAUUCACUCUAGAAUAUCUAUCCGUCUUUCAAUUUCAUUGCUUUCGUUUCUCUUAGUCUUAAAUUUGCCGAAAAUUGCCAACAAAAUCGAUACAGUAGAAGAACAUUAAAUUUAAUGUUGAAAAAAACUUGAAAUAUAUCAUCCACCAACGAUUCUCUAAGCACUCGCUAUCGUAGCCAAGACUCCGUCAAUCUCACCAUGCAAACAAACAUACCGUAAGUAUACCAUUCAUUGAACAGUUC